AUACAGGUUUAUUUAUGUCAAUAAUAAAAAAUAAUGGCUGUUAUUUUGCAAAAAACAUUAAAGAAUAUCAGAAGCACCUACCCGUUUUUUAAUAGAAGUUUUUAUACUAGAGUCAAUCAUACAGCUGCUCUAAUUCAUAAAACUUGUUAUUCAUCAUCUUGUAAGUUUUAUUCAAAGCUUGUGGAAACUUCACCAAUAAAUGGAAAUGGAAACUCAAAUGGAAAUUAUCAAUCAAGUGGGAAACACGAGAUAAAUGAUAAUUCUGAAGUUUUGAAAAAAAAGAGGCUGUUUUCUGUAAUGAUUGGUUCAAUGAUUGGUUUUUUUUCUUUCAGUUACAUACUUUACAAAAAAAAUUGUAUGAAAGCUAUAUCAGAAGAGAUUAUUAAAGAAACUGAUGAAGAGAUAAAAUCUGCAAAUGGAUUUAAGGAACGAAAGAUUAUUGAAUACGAAAAUAGAAUACGUCAGUACAGCACGCCAGAUAAGAUAUUUCGUUACUUUGCUACUAUUCAAGACAUUAAUUCUAAUGACAUUUUUAUGACACCUGAAGACUUUGUCCGUUCACUUACUCCAAAUGUGCUACAGCCACAUGAUCUUGGUUUGGACAUUUUUAAACAAGUCCAUGUCAAGAAUUUACCUGUUUAUGAAAGCAAAAAUUUUGGUGAAAAUAGCGUCUUUCUAUUCUUUGGAGAUAAAGGACUUGUGAAUUUUUCAGAUUAUGUAUUCCUGCUAGCUGUGAUAGGAACUUCUUCCAGAAUUAUUGAACUUGCCUUCAAAAUGUUUGAUCUAAAUGGAGAUGGAGAUGUAACAGAAGAUGAGUUUGAAAAGGUUCGUUCAUUGUUUCUCAGCAUGAGCACUUCUGGAAGCCGACAUAGAGAUCAUGCAACCACAAGAAGUAUUCUUAACAACCAUGUUAGCUCCGAAUUAAAAACAUAUUUUUUUGGAAAAGAUGGACUUAAAAAAUUAACAGUAGAUAGGUUUAUUGAAUUUAAAAUGAAACUACAGAAAGAGGUCAUGCUGUUGGAGUUUCAGAUGUUUGGUUCAAAAGAUGGAGUUAUUUCGGAAAACAAGUUCACUGAGAUGUUACUUACAUAUGCGUACUUUGAUAAAGCUAAGCAUUCUAAAAUACUAAAGAAAAUUAAAAAAAUGUACGGAGAAGGUUCUGGAAAGAAUGAGGGGCUAUUGUUUGAAGAUUAUCUUGAUUUCUAUCAGUUUUUGCUGAAUUUAAGAGAUGUAGAAAUGGCAUUAAGUUUUCACACAGUUUCUGGUCAAACAAUUGAUAAAGAAACAUUCAAGCAAGUUGCAAAAUCAGUUGCAGGUGUAAAUCUGCGCGAUCAUCUGGUUGAUGUAGUUUUCUCUAUAUUUGAUGAAAAUGAGGAUGGUCAUUUAAGCAACAAAGAAUUUGUGGCUGUCAUGAAAGAUAAGAUGUUCAGAGGGCUUAACAAACCAAAAGAUACUGGUUUCACACGACUUCUGUCUGCAAUUUGGAAGUGCGCAAAAAUAAGUAUUAGUGAUACAUUGUGCAAAGAAUGAUAAUAUUACGAUGGAUAUAAUGAAAAUACUAUUUGAAUGGUUAUAAUGCUGCAAAUAUAAUGGAGAUUAUGAUAUUAUCAAAAAUUGAUAUUAUGGAUUAGUUCAAUUUAAAAGUAAACAUAAAAACAAAACAAAAAAUUUUCUCUUUAAAUUAUUAUCUUGUUAUCAGCAAAAUAUUAUCUAUGUUAUCUGUUACUUGUUAUCAACUUUUAUCUUUAUAAACUGGUGUUAAACCAUAGAUUAUUAUUUUUUUUUUAAAUAAAGGUUUAUUUUUACUUUAUUUGUUUGGUUAUAUAAAUUAUUUAUUUUUAUUUUUAUUUUAUAAAGCUUGUUUUAUUGUUAAUGGUAUCUAUGGUAACUUUGUAUAUUCUUUGUUGUGUAUAUUUAUGCAUAAUAUUUUUUGUUGAGCAUACAUGUAUAAUAUUAUCAGAUUUAAAACAAAUCGAAAAAUUUAAAUUAAUAAGAA